CGCAACGUAGUACAUCAAAACAAUUAAUUUUUACGAAAUGACUCCUGUACUUCCAAUAACAGUUCGAAAUAUUAUUAAACUUACUGAUCCACCAUACGAAUUAUCGGAAUCAGCUUUUCGAUAUGGAUUCCUAAGCAUAGAAUCAGAUCAUUAUAUAUGCGUGCGGUACCCAGCUCCUGAUAAGUCAAAUGUUGUUGUUGUGAUCGAUCUUUACAAUAAUAAUAAGAUAUCUCGGAAACCAACAAAAAAAGCGGAAGCUGCUUUGAUGCAUACUAAUAAUAACAUUAUUGUACUUAAAGGCAGAAAUCAGGAUUCUGAGACUGGGCAUUUCAUUCAGAUUUUCGACUUAGAUAAUAAAAAAAGGCUCUUGGAUCAUGUUUUUGAAGAAGAUGUAGUAUUUUGGAAAUGGGCAUCUGACAGUUUACUGGCGAUAGUAACAGUAUCAAGCGUUUGGCACUGUUUUCUUGAGCCCAACAAACCUCCCGUUAAGGUCUUUGAUAGAGCUGGGCGCUUAGCUGAAGGAGAUAUACAAAUAAUUCAUUAUACAGUUGAUAAAUCAGAGACGUGGUGUUUACUUGUUGGGAUAUAUUCGAACGAUAAAAAAACAGUUGAAGGAGUUCUUCAACUUUAUUCUCUUGAGAAAAAACAACAACAAAUUUUGCAAGGUUAUACAGGUUGUUUUGGAAGCUUAAUGGUAUCAGAUAUGGGCAAUCCAUCUAUCAAUGUUUUUUGUUUUACGGAGAAGAAAGAAAACCGUUUUAUAUUUCAUGUUAUGCACAUUGAAACUCCCAAAAGCUCGGGGGAUGCAUCAAAACAGUUUAGUAGUGCACUCGAGAACCCCGUGUCGGCUUUUAAAAUAGCAGGGCAAUUUUCUUUUCCAGACGAUUUGGCACAAGAUUUCCCUAUAGGAAUGCACUUAAGCUCAUCUGAUGGCCUUUUAUAUAUGAUUUCUCGUGGUGGAUAUUUUAUUUUAUUGGAUCCCUUUACUGGAACGUUGAUCCUGACUCAUAGGGUUUCAACAGAUACUGUCUUCGCCUAUUGUCCUCAUUCUCGUCUUCAAUUCGGAUCUAGUAAACAAAGAGAUUCAGGUAUUUUAUGCGUGAAUCGAAAAGGUGUCGUCUAUUGGAUCAAUAUCGAUGAAACGGCUUUGGUUCCGUAUAUUCAAAGAUCCUUAGUUCAUCUCCCCAUGUAUCAAGAGUUGGCACUGAGUUUUGUUAGACGUUAUGGAUAUCCUGGGAACAAGGAUGUAGUUUUACAAUUGUUUAACGCAGCUUUUAAACGCGGCGAUUGGGAAAUGGCUGCUAGGAUUGUAGCUACAGCGAAAACAAAAGAUGUGUUACGCACCCCUGAAAUUCUUCAACGUUUUAAAUCCGUUCCUUCGUCUCCUGGCUCAGGCAUGACACCUAUUUUGCUAUUCUUUACAAACUUGUUAGAUCAUGAUGGACUCAAUGGAAAUGAAAGUAUUGAAUUAAUUCGAACAGUCGUGAGUCAAAAUCAUGUAGAGUUGGUGCAAAAAUGGUUAGAUGAAGAUAAGCUGACGUGUACGGAAGAGUUGGGUGAUAUAGUCAAACAAAAGGAUCCUGCAUUAGCUUUACAAAUUUAUAACAAAGCGCAAGCCACAUCAAAGGUGUUACAAAGUUGCGUUGAACAAGGAAAAGUCGAAAAAAUCGGAACUUUUAUAAAUCAAAUGCGUGAAAACGCGAGGCAGUUAAAUAGUGGAGAGUCAGAAUUGUUGCCACCUGAUUUUAUUAGUUGUUUAGAAACAUUAUUAUCCUCAGGUAAUCCUGCAUCGGUAGAAGCCUCAGUAAAGUUAGCGCAAGAAUUAAUCAGUGAUCGUCAAAAGAAAAAAAGCGAAGUGGAAAAAAUUAUAAAUAUUUUUGUGCAGCGUCAUCGUUAUAAAGAAGUUACAAAAGUUUUACUAGAUUAUUUGAAGGAUGACUUGCCGGAGGAUGCCGAUUUACAAACAAAAUUAUUUGAAUUGUGUUUUUUGCAUAAUCCUAAUGUGGUGGAAGCCAUUUUUCAAACAGAAUCGUUCACACAUUUUGACCGUCAAAAAAUUGGAAUCAUGGCAGAAGAAGCAGGAUUGAUUCAAAGAGCAUUGCAACUAGAAAGAAAUCCGGAAGACAUAAAACGACUGAUUACAACAUACUUUCACGGAACAUCCAAUUGUAAAGGGAAAUCUUUAACAGUAGAGCAAUUUCUUUGUUAUUUCGAUCAGUUCUUAGUGCAAAAUGUCGACUUAGCCUUGGAGUGUCUUCAAGAAAUUUGUCGUUCCAACUCGCAUAAUGUUCAAUUUCUGCUAGAGAUUGCAAUAAAACAUCACGAACAGCUCGGUUGCGAUCGCCUUAUUGCACUUUUUGAAUCGUGUGGAUAUUGGGAAGGUAUUUAUAAAUUUCUAGGCUCCUUAGUUGCGUCAAGCACCAAUCCGAUAGUUCACUAUAAAUAUAUCGAAGCUGCAUCUAUGCUCAACAAUACUCAAGAAGUUGAACGUAUGUGUAGGGAAAGUUCUUAUUACGACCCUGUGAAGGUUAAAGAUUUUUUAAAAAAGACAAAGUUACAUGACCCGCGACCUUUGAUUUAUGUCUGUGAUUUACAUGGCUUUGUGGGGGAACUUACUGAGUAUCUUUACCAGAAUGGGUUUACAAAAUAUAUAGAAAUUUAUGUUCUUCGUGUGAGCCCGCAAAAAGCACCUAUUGUAGUAGGGAUGCUUUUGGAUCUUGACUGUCCAGAGAAUUUUAUUAAAAAUUUGAUUCAAAGCCUUCGAGGAAGUUGCUCAGUACCAGAUCUGAUCGAAGAAGUUGAAAAACGGAAUAGACUACGUAUGUUAAAAACAUGGUUGGAAGUUAGAGCUUCAGAAGGAAAUCAGGAUCCUUAUUUGCAUAAUGCGUUAGCAAAAAUUUCUAUUGACACAAAUGACGACCCGGAAAGUUUUUUAAAAAAUAAUGCUUAUUAUGAUAGCAAAAUAAUUGGGAAAUACUGUGAAAAACGCGAUCCUCACUUAGCACUCAUAGCUUACAAAAAAGAUGGUGGAGAUUGUGAUGAGGAAAUCAUAAGCUUGACUAAUAGUAAUUCUUUUUUUCGAUUUCAAGCAAAAUAUUUACUCGAAAGAAACUCUAAGGAUCUUUGGGCUAAGGUGCUGACGCCAUCUAAUCCUUAUUUUGAAGUACUUGUGGAACAAGUCGUUUCUUGUAUUGUACCGCAGUCUAUGUCUCCUAGUGAGAUUUUCACAACAGUUAGUGCGUUUGUUGAUGCGAAUUUGCCCAACGCCCUUAUUGAACUUCUGGAGAAAACUUUGUUGUAUAAUUCUCCAUUUUCGCAAAAUCAAAAUCUGCAGAAUUUGCUGAUUAUUACGGCUGUUAAAUCUUCCCCAGAGAAAGUCAAUGAAUACAUUGACCAAUUUGACUGCUACGACGAGGAACAAGUGGGUAAAAUACUCGUAUCUUCGCCUUACAAAAUGUAUGAAGAAGCUUUUCGAGUUUACGACAAAGCAAAGAAAUACGAGACAGCAGUGAUGAUUCUUUUAACAAACAUCAAGGAUAUGGAACGUGCAAUUGAAUACGCUUUACGUGUUUCUGUCCCGGCUGUUUGGAGUUGUAUUGGAAACGAACAACUUAUUCAAAACGAUGUGUCUCAAGCGAUUGAUUCUUUUAUAAAAGCUCAAGACAGUUCCAAUUAUUUAGCUGUCAUUCAACGAAGUAGUUCAACGGAAUCCUUAAAAAUGCUUGAAUAUUUGCAAAUGCUUCGUGGAAUUUCUAAAAUCAAAGAUACCGCAAUUGAUACGGAGUUGUUAUACGUGCUAGCGAAAACCAAAAGGUUUUCUGAGAUAGAAGAUUUCGUUGCAGUAUCCAAUACCGCGGACAUUGGUUUAGUGGCAGAUAGACUGUUUUCUGAAGAAGAUUAUGACGCUGCCGAAAUUCUUUACAGUUUUCUUCCUAAUUAUUCCAAAGUAGUUGCAUGUCACUUGAAACAAAAUUCUUUUUCGAAAGCUAUUGAAGCAGCUAAAAAAGCUAACAAUUUGAAAUCCUGGACAGACAUUAAUAUUAGUAGUCUCAAUGCAGAAGAUUUAGUAACCGCUCACAUAGCGGGUUUACAUCUUUUGGACCAUCCGGAUUAUUUUGAGGAACUAAUAAAAAAUUAUGAAUAUACCGGACAUUUUUUUGAAUUGAUAGAUUUGCUGGAAGAAGGUGUUACUAACUCUCCGCGUCCUUCUGUAGCAUUGCUUUCUGAACUUGGGAUUGUUUAUGCAAAGUAUAACUCAGAGAAGCUAGCUUCUUUUCUUCGCAAUUCUGUUCUAUCUACGGUAGCGGGAAAAUUGAAUGUUCCUAAACUCAUACGUGUCUGUGAAAAAGAACUAUUAUGGUCCGAUUGUGUGUACCUGCAUGUAACAUACGGAGAAUUCGAUCAAGCUGCAAGUAUCAUGAUAAAUCAUCCUUCUACGUGGUCUCAUGCUGAGUUUCUUUCCGUUAUUCGACAAUGCACAAAUACAGAAUUAAUCUAUAAAGCUCUGUCUUUUUAUUUAGAGAUUGCACCGCUUCAACUUUGUAAUCUUUUAAUGACAUUAUGUUCUAAACUUGAUCAUGGCCGAGUCGUGCAGCAAUUUCGAAAGUGCGGUCAUCUAAAGUUAAUUCAAAAAUAUUUAGAACAUUUGCAAACUGGUUUACAAUUAGAUAUUACUGUUGUCAAUGUUGCAUUGAUUGAAAUCUAUAUGGAAGAACAGAAUUUCGAAUUACUAGAUAAACUAAUACAAAAUUUUAAAAAUUUCGAUCAAAUCGCAUUGGCUCGAGAUGUGGAAUCGCACGCAUCCCUUGCUUUACGCAAGCUAGCAGCAUUAUUGUAUCGUCAAAAUCAACGUUUCAAUAAGGCAGUAGCUAUUUUCAAAAAAGAAAACAUGGAUAUGGAAGCUAUUGAAGCAGCAGAAAUGUCUGGGAAUUCAGAAAUCACUGAAGAUCUCUUACGUUUUCUUAUUGUGGAACGCCGAAAUCUCAACUUGUUCAUUGUUUGCCUUGUUCGGUGUUACUCUCUAAUUCGGCCUGAUGUUGUUUUAGAACUUGCUUGGCGCUAUAAAUGCACAGAAGAGAUCAUGCCUUUUCUUAUUCAAACUCUUCGUGAAUACUCAACUCGAAUUAGCACUUUAGAAAAACGUUUCGAUUCGUGUACUCGUGAUUCGACACCAGCUUUAUCAAAGCAAAUUACUUCGGAUUUUGGCGAUAAUAUUUUAACUAAAAACCAUCUCCCUUUGACAUCGCCAGUAGAUUCUGAGUUCGUACAAAUACCAGAUACUAUGGACUUAUCACAAUAUACGAUGCAAUUAAGCAAAUCUUAUUUUCCUCAUUAGCUUGUUUCUGAACUAGCUGACUCCUUUUUUUCUCGCUAAAAACAAAACUAAUAUGAGUUGUUGUCUGUAUCUGCUUUAU